CAAUUAUCAACGAUAUCUAUUGUCGCUCUCGCUGAGCAUCGUCGAAAUGGUUGGGAAGAAGAAGCGCGGUCAUCCCGACAUUGAGGAACUCCUCGCUCGUCCCUGGUGCUACUACUGUGAGCGUGAUUUCGAUGACCUUAAGAUCCUCAUCUCCCAUCAAAAGGCUAAACACUUCAAAUGUGAAAGAUGCGGCCGUCGACUGAACACUGCAGGAGGACUCUCCGUCCAUAUGAAUCAAGUCCACAAAGAGACUCUGACCAGCGUCGAUAACUCCCUACCAAACAGACAAGGACUGGAGGUGGAAAUCUUUGGUAUGGAAGGUAUCCCGGAAGAUGUUGCUCAAGCACAUAAUCAGCGCAUCAUCGCAGGUUUCUACCAAGCGGAGGCUGAGCGACGAGCUGCAACCGGUAAUCCUGGACCCGGUGCGCAAGCUGGCGGACAACCGAAGAAGCCCAAGUUCGAGUCCCCGGCAGAUCUCAAGAAGCGCUUAGCGGAACACAAAGCACGAAAGGCGGAACAGGCUGCGGGUGGAAGCAGUGGUGGCAAUACUCCUGGUGCACAAAACAGUCCUCUUGGACAGAGCCCAGGUUCAUUUAAUGCAUCUCCCUUCCCUCCUCCGCAGAGUGGCUAUACUGCUCCUCAAGCUGCUGGUAGUUAUGGCUCAUUCUCUCAAGAACAAUACACACAACCAACGCCAGCCUACCAACAAUCGUAUCAGCAGGCUCCCUUCUCCGGCCCCCCAGGCUCCUCAUUCCCACCUCAAUACUCGCCCGCGCAGUCGUUCCAGGCUGGACAGUCGUUUCCUCCUGGUAAUGGCUUUCAACAAGGCUUCCAGCAAGGACAAUUUGGAGCUGGCUCACCACCUGGCUCUUUCAAUGGUUACCAAGGCCAACCUUCGCAAACUCCUCCGCAUGGUGGCGGUCUGCCAAGUCGCCCGCCCAGUUUACCUGCUGCGCCUGGCCUUCCACAACGUCCAUCAUUCGGUGCUCCAGCGGUCGCCCCAUAUCAAAUGCAACAAAUGCAUCAAGGUCCCCCACAAAGUGGAUGGCAAGGCAAUGGAUGGAAAGGUCAAGAUCAGAAUUCAGCUAUGUCAUCAGCUUAUCCUCCUCACUCACAAGGUUAUGGAGAUUACUCGACUAACGCCUCUUCGGUGGAUGACCUGGUUUCAGGUGCUGCCAGAGAGGCUGAUGACAUUGACGAGAUUAUCAGAAUGGCUGAAGCAGGUAUCAAGCCCCCAAAGAAAGGAGAACGUGUAUCAACCCCGGUACAAGCAUUGGAAACUACCGCCACACCUACUCCUGCCCCCGACAUCAAGCCUGAAGCAGUCGAGAAGACCGAGGUGCCCGACAAGCCCGAACAAAAUGAGAAGAAGUCAAAGAAGGAGAAGCAAACCAAGAUGUUCUACUCCGACAAUGAGUUGAGUCCGGAAGAGAGAAUGGCCAAAAUGCCCAGGUACGCAUUUGUCCCAGAAGGAAACACUGAAACAGCACUUGUCAAUGCCACUACAUUACCAGGUGUUGCCGGCAAAGUCGACACAUGAAGAUGAUGGAGCUUCGGCAGGUCUACCGACUUUCAUUCGUCCUUUUUCCUUUGGCUUUUUU